AAAAAGCUCAAAUCUAUUACUACAACAUUCGUCUGUUUGUUUCCUUUGAGAGAGAGAGAGAGAGACAGAAGAGAGAGGUGGUGGUGGUGGUGGAGGUGGACUGGUGGUUCAUAACGCUUAAUUUCAAAGAAGGAAGUCCAAAUCUCGUCAGAUCGGAGCUGCGAACUGGCCAUGGGGAGGGAUGUUACUGGUAUCCGCAUUGACAAGAAACCUAAUCUUGUCAAAGUGAAUUCAAAUGGUGUUUCUCAUGAUCCAGUUCAUGUUUCUCCUAAAACUUCGGAAGUAAGUGACGAAGCAAAGGACUAUGAGGCAGAGGAUCAUACUGCACAUGACUCGCUUGUGGAAGAAAGUCAUGAGAAGCAAGAUGUAUUAGGUGUUAAAAGUACUAAUCGUGAUGCUGGUUUGCCUGAGGGGAAAACCUUGAAACCUGAGGCUCAGAAGUCAAGUGACAAGAAGUUGAACUCACCUGUCCAGGGUCAUGUGGAGACAAAGGAUACUGUUUCACAGCCCUCUACUCCUGCUGCAACUGAGAAACCGGUUUCAACUGAAACGGAUCAUGUUGGGCCUGAAACCGUUGAUGCGGGUAGGAAUUGUUCACCUAAUACUAAUGAUUUCCACUCCCCUGGCUCUUCAAGGAAAUCACAGCCAAACUAUUCUCAGGCAUAUAGGAAGAAGCAUUUUGAUGAGGAAGAUAAUUGGUCCUUGGCUUCUUCUGCUGCAGCAUCUGUCCGGACUGUCAAAUUUAAGACCACUGUCCCAGUAGCUCCCGUCUUUAAAUGCGUUCAACGUGCAGAGAAACGCAAAGAGUUUUACUCUAAGCUAGGGGAAAAACAUCAAGCUUUGGAGGCAGAGAAGUUGGAAUAUGAAGCUAGAACCAAGGAGGACGAAGAGGCAGCUAUAAAGCAGCUUAGAAAGACCAUGACAUAUAAAGCAAAUCCGGUCCCUAGCUUUUACCAGGAAGGACCUCCACCUAAGAAAGAACUAAAAAAGCUUCCAUUGACUCGUGCCAAAUCACCAAAGUUGAAUCGGAGAAAGAGUUGUGGUGACGUAGCUGGCUCGUCCUCAGAGGAAAAGGGAGUUUGUAACAGGGCAAUUCGCCACAGCUUUGGCAGCCACAAAGACGGCAGUGCUUCUGCCAGCCCUCUCAAAAAAAAGGAUCAGAUCAGUGGAAGGAAUGGUAACAACAGCACUUGCAAAAUUAAGGACCAUUCAAAAACAGCGAAGGAGACAGGCAAAACCAUCACCACCACCCCUCAUAAAAUGGCCGAGCAGAGAAGUGCAGACAUUGCUGUCAAUAGCUAGUUGUUUUUUUCUUUAAUAGGAGAAAAAAGUUUUAGAAUUUUCUUGGUCAUUUGAGUGUUUGUUAAAGGAAACAGCUCAUUAUCUGUUCUUGCUUGCAAUGAUUUGUAUAUUUUUAUGUAUCUUUCAUUGUUACAUGUAAAUUAUCUAUAAGAAGAGAGAUGAGAUUCAUAUAUUGUGGACUUUAAAUUUUCUCCUAUCAUUGAAUAUGUGGAUGACUAUAACUUUUAAA